AUGCUCGCCCGCAUUUAUCUCUAUCUCCCUGCUGUUGCCGCAUUGGCCGGCUUGUCCGCGGCCCAGACCAAUAUCACUGCCAGCGACUGUGCCGCAUCGGAUGGGUAUACUUCCUGCAACACCGAUGUCGCGGAUCAGUGGUCGUCGUGUGUGAAUGGAUGCAAUGGCGACGGCGAUUGCUCGGUCAACUGUGGUUGUACCGCGCACCAGCGAUACAUCAAUUGCAUGGCCGAGUCGUGCUGGAACCAGGUCUACUCUUGCGAAUACCAGCUCUUCGUGCAACAGUACUUCUCCAUCUGCCCCAAUGCAGUGGAGCCGAUCCCCUUCUGGCCUGCACCGGAUGAUGCGCCGCGCCGCUGCUCCUGCAGCUUGGGUAAGGUGCUUCAGUCGACGCUCUCGGCUCGCAAAGAGAUUGCAAAAUGCAUUAGCAAUGUCAGCAGCGACGUUACAGAAGAUUUGUCGAACUGGAAUGCCCUGGGCGAUGGACUUGAUAUCGCCAGACAGGCGAGUGAAUGUGCCUGCUGCGGCGCCAGCGCCAGUAUUUCUGCAGCAUGGGAAGUCUGCCCAAACACCGACCCCGUCCUCGCAGGCGCAGACCUCUGGGGCGUAUUCUUCCCAACCGACCUGCCCGAUCUAUACCGUACAGACCCAAGCUGGGCCUGGGACUCCUGCGACGCCACGCUAGGUAACAUAAGCUGCCCGAAUGUCGGCUUCACGGACCCCUCAGACAAGUUCUACCAGCCGAACAACCUGCCCAAGAACGGCACCGCCACGCUGUCCAAUGUCGCAGGCACCAUCACCGCGCCGCCCUUGGGCACCAUCAUCACCUGGUCCCAGUCGUCCACUACGUGGACUGUUACUGCGUCCGGGUAUAAUGAGAAGGAUGUUGCGCAGCAGAGUCAGUUCCGCGCUACUGCGACGGGGACGGAUGCGUUUGCCACGCAAACGGGGACGAAUGCUGCGGCGGGGAUGAAGCCUACGGAUGUGGUGGCUGCGUUGGGGGGUGUUUUUGGGGUUGUUGUUUUGGCCUUGUAG